GUGUAAUUUCGACGUCGAUAUGGCUCACAUCUAGACUAACGAGCGGCUGAGUAAUGGCUAAGAACAGCUGGUGAAAGGACGCUGUAUCGCGUGCAAGCCGACAAGACAGUUGGCCCAGUUUACCAAUCUCCACACUAAGUGCACAAUCGACAUUAGUCAAUACUUAAUCACAGCUCGGAAGCCAGACAACCUAAUGAUAGUGCGACGCGUUCUCGAUGCUUGAGUGUGACUCGCUAGAAAAGUUCCCAAUCGGGUUGGAGCAGUUAUUAAUAAAAUCCCGGCCGUGCGCUAUCAGCCCAGUACCCGUCCCAGUCCAGAGUUCACCCAGAAUUCCCGAUUAACGAAAAUGGAGCGCAUUCUACGGGGUAUCAUGCGAUAUCGCAACUCAAGUCGGAUACAAAUGGUGAAGGAGUUUCAGUACGUCCGCGAUAAUCCAGAGCCAAAGGCGGUCUUCUUUACAUGCAUGGACAGUAGGAUGAUCCCCACUCGGUUCACUGAAACACACGUUGGAGACAUGUUUGUUGUGCGUAACGCCGGAAACGUAAUCCCACAUUCUCACCACUUUGUCGAUGAGUUCUUCAGCUGCGAACCGGCUGCCUUGGAACUAGGAUGCAUCGUCAAUGAUAUUCGACACAUUAUUGUGUGCGGACACAGUGACUGUAAGGCGAUGAACCUACUAUACAAACUAAAGGACCCAGAAUUUGCAUCCCUCGACAAUCGACGUCUAUCCCCUUUGAGAUCCUGGCUCUGUACGCACGCACAAUCCAGCUUGGACCGCUUUCAAAAAUGGGUUGCAGGAGGAAUGAAGGACCCACUAAUAUUUUCAUCAGAAACUCCUCUACGCAAAUUCGUAGCCUAUAUCGAUCCGGAGAACAAAUUCGCCAUCGAGGAUAAACUAUCACAAAUCAACACACUUCAACAAUUAUCGAAUGUCGCGUCCUAUGGCUUCCUGAAGCAUCGUCUCGAGCAACAUGACCUCCACAUCCAUGCUUUGUGGUUUGAUAUCUACACAGGAGACAUUUAUUUCUUCAGUCGAGGAGCGAAACAGUUCGUUCACGUGGAUGAAUCGACCGUUGGUAAGCUCCUGCAGGAAGUGAAUCGCUACUACAGCUAGGAUAAGACCUUUGAAAAGACUGUGAUAAAUGGAUAACUUAAGUAACCAGUGACGUAGGAAUAGGAGAUGAGAUUGUUGUACAAUAUCCUUACGAUGAGAUGUAUUUUGCUACUGGUGGAUAUUUCAUUACAAAGUGUAAAUGUGGGUGUUCAUAUCUUAACAUAUUUGCCAAUUCAAUGAGCCUUUCUACUGAUAAGGGCACGGCAGUUUUGUUGUAGGGAUAAAUAUCCUCACUUCGUAUCCUUAUCAAUGCUUAGAACAAAUUUUCAUAUCCGCAUCGAACUAAAUUCAAAACCGAUCAUAAAAUAAUAUUUUGGUAGAAACAAUCUAUUUAAGAUAUUCUCCAUUUUGUACGUACUUUUAUACCAUGUUGUUGUUGCGUGUAUCUUCUGCAAAUAUACUAUUUAUUAGUUUGCUUUGAAAAAA